AUGCUUAUCGAUGGUGAGAAGUGGGCCUGCGAGGCUUGCGUCCGGGGUCAUCGCGUCAGCAGCUGUCACCACAGCGACCGCCCUUUGACCCAUAUCAACAAAAAAGGCCGCCCAGUAUCUCAAUGCACCCACUGCCGCGGCCUACGCAAGUCUCGAACGACCCACGUCAAGUGCGAGUGUGGCGACAAGAAAAAGAAGAAUGACUCGUCUGAUUCCCCCAGUGACAAACGAGAUCCCAAGCAGGACUCCCUUCAUCGUUGUGGCUGUAUCCAUGGCCAGCGCUGCACCUGUGCGCUGAAAAAGGAACCGAAAUUGGAGACUGUGCCCGAGGCGGGCCUGCCUCCGGCGCAGCCACCAGUCCCCACGGAAGCUCCUCGGAAACCCCAUCUCAUGUCCACCAAGUCCGAGUCGACGUUGACCAUCUUCCGCGAUGGCCACCAUAAGCCUGCCCACAAACACAAUGACAUGGCCCACAAGUGUGGAUUGCCGUACACAAUCCCACGAUCCCAUACCAUCCACCACACCUCGGAUGCGUCUCGUCGGUCUGUAGACCACUCUGCAGUGACCCAAUCAGCCUUUAUCUGCGAACCCCUCAGUCUGUCGAUGGAUCCUGUUCCAUUGUCACGACAGACCUCUCAACACAGUUCGCCAAACAGUGCUCUCUCUGCAAACGCCGACGAGAUCUCGGCCGCCGCUCCUCUUCAACAAGCCUUCUUGGAUACCUUCUCCACUUCGGCGGUCCCGACGUCCGGAGCUCUGGACUCAUCAUCCCUCGAUUGCGCUGCCGGUAAUCCCAUGCCCGCCUCCGCUCCGAAUAUGGAUGGCUUUUCUAUGGACCCGGGUAUGACCUCUGUGCCUUCCGGCCUCGACAUGUCGACUUAUGCCAACUUUGUCCCUACGUCCAAUAAUUCCCCGAUCACCUCCAUGGCCUUCCAGGAUCCAUAUCAUGACCCUUAUUUCUCCACCGUGGAUUCGGAUCUGUCUCUGGGACAGACUGGGACUGGCGCACCCUCGGUCGACUGGUCCAGCUUCCCGUUGUAUUCAAAUGCGCUUCCAGCAUCGAGCACGCAGACCCCGUCUUACGCUAGUUUCGACUAUUCCUAUCCAUCUGGACUGCCUCCGCCAUCAUCCUCGGGUGAUAUUUCCGAGGUAGAUGAAUUCGGCCCGUUGCCUGCUCUGGGACAUACCAGCAACGAUGUGCAUGAUCGACACAGUGUGAGUGAAGCUUCUGACAUGGAUCACCUCCGUCUCAGCUCUGCGUCCUCGCUGGUGGGCUUGCCGCAGGCUCAGCUCCUCUCGUCCAAUGAUCUGGGGUCCAUCAACAUUGACGAUUUCCUCAAGUCGGCCAAUGACUCUACUGCAGCACUCGAGCACCAGUUACACGCGAACAUGGGCAUAGACUCCAAACCUGCUCCCGUGCAAGACCUAUACCCUCUUGCACAGGUGCCGGAAGCGGCGCCCAUUUGGCCCGUUGGCCUCUUUGACACGACAGCGUCUGAUUCUCCCCUUGAGGAUGAUUACUUCCGUCAAACCUGGGCUCAGUAG